UUUUGUUUUUAUAGCUCAGGCCUACUAAUAUUCUUUCCCUCCAUAGUCCAUUCUCUCUCAUUUCUAUGUAUAUAUAUAUAAUAUAUUAGUACUGUAUAUAAUAUGCAAAGAAAGAAAGAAGUAAGAAAAGAAAGAAAGAAAUGGAAGCAAACUUAGGUUCCAAGUGGUUUCUCCUCUUGGUGGUACUGAUUUUAUGUGUUGAGCUCACACAAUGCAGUGUCACCUACGACAGGAAGGCCCUUAUCAUCAAUGGACAGAGAAGAAUUCUCUUCUCAGGCUCCAUACAUUACCCCAGAAGCACCCCUCAGAUGUGGGAAGGCCUUAUACAGAAGGCCAAAGAUGGUGGUUUGGAUGCCAUAGACACUUAUGUCUUUUGGAAUCUUCAUGAACCUUCACCUGGAAAUUAUAAUUUUGAGGGAAGAUAUGAUUUGGUUGAGUUCAUAAAGAUGGUCCAGAGAGCAGGGCUAUAUGUGCAUCUCCGCAUUGGGCCUUACAUCUGUGCAGAGUGGAAUUUUGGGGGUUUUCCAGUUUGGUUGAAGUAUGUUCCAGGCAUUAGCUUCAGAACAGAUAAUCAACCUUUCAAGAUGGCAAUGCAGAGUUUCACCGAAAAAAUUGUUGGAAUGAUGAAGGAUGAAAAAUUGUUUGAGUCUCAAGGUGGCCCUAUUAUUCUCUCUCAAAUAGAGAAUGAGUAUGGACCAGAAAGCAAGUUAUUUGGUGAUGCUGGUCAUUCAUACAUGAUUUGGGCUGCAAAAAUGGCAGUCGAAUUGGAUACUGGGGUCCCAUGGGUUAUGUGCAAGGAAGAUGAUGCUCCGGAUUCAGUGAUAAACACAUGCAAUGGGUUUUAUUGUGAUUAUUUCUCUCCAAACAAUCCGAACAAACCCACAAUGUGGACUGAGGCUUGGACUGGCUGGUUUACGGAAUUUGGUGGCCCAAUUCACCAGCGACCAGUUGAAGACUUGGCAUUUGCAGUUGCCCGGUUGAUUCAGAAGGGAGGUUCCUUUGUGAACUACUACAUGUAUCAUGGAGGAACCAACUUUGGAAGAACAGCUGGAGGCCCCUUUAUCACUACUAGCUACGACUAUGAUGCUCCAAUUGAUGAGUAUGGGUUGAUUAGGCAACCUAAGUAUGGUCAUCUGAAGGAGCUCCAUAAGGCUAUCAAGCUAUGCGAGCAAGCUUUAGUUUCUGCUGAUCCUACAGUCACAUCGUUAGGAAGCUAUGAACAGGCACAUGUAUUCUCUUCCCACUCAGGAGACUGCGCAGCUUUUCUCUCAAACUACCACUCAGAGUCAACGUCAACGGUGACAUUUAAUAACAUGCACUAUGAGCUACCACCUUGGUCCAUCAGCAUUCUUCCUGACUGCAAAAAUGUUGUCUUUAACACUGCUAAGGUUGGAGUUCAAAUAUCCGGGAUGCAGAUGUUGUCCGCCAAUGCUGAGUUACUCUCAUGGGAAACAUUCAAUGAAGACAUAUCAUCGGUUGAUGACGAUUCCAAGAUCACAGUCCUUGGUCUGUUGGAGCAGUUAAAUGUCACCAGAGAUGCCAGUGACUAUCUCUGGUAUACGACCAGUGUUGAAAUAAGUCCAUCUGAAUCAUUUCUGCGUGGAGCCCAACAUCCUGUUCUCAGUGUGCAGUCAGCAGGCCAUGCCUUGCAUGUGUUUAUCAAUGGACAUUUAUCAGGAUCGGCCUUUGGGACUCCGCAAAGCAGAAGAUUUACUUUUACAGGAAAUGUCAACCUGAAUGCUGGAACAAACAAAAUUUCACUUCUCAGUGUAGCUGUUGGAUUGCCAAACAAUGGGCCACAUUUUGAGACAGCCAACACAGGAGUCCUAGGACCAGUUGUUCUACAUGGGCUAGACGACGGGAAGAGGGACCUAUCCUGGCAGAAAUGGUCAUACCAGGUCGGGCUCAAAGGAGAAACGAAGGACCUAGUUUCUCCAAGUGGAAUUUCUUCAGUUGAUUGGAUGCAAGGAUCCUUGGUUGCAGAUAACCAACAGCCUCUUACAUGGUUUAAGGCUUAUUUCAAUGCACCGGAAGGAGAUGAGCCAUUGGCGCUUGACAUGACUGGUAUGAGUAAGGGUCAAGCAUGGAUCAAUGGGCAGAGCAUCGGAAGAUAUUGGAUGGUUUAUGCCAAUGGUGAUUGCAGUGACUGCAAUUAUGCAGGGACAUACCGACAAGCAAAGUGCCAAUCUGGCUGUGACCAACCAACUCAAAAAUGGUACCACGUUCCUCGGUCUUGGUUGAAGCCAACCCAAAAUCUGUUGAUAGUUUUUGAUGAAAUUGGUGGAGAUGCAUCGAAGAUUUCUCUUGUGAAAAGAUCAGCUACCAGUGUAUAGAGAUAAAAGGUCUCGAUAUUAUAGUUGUUGUCAGAGUAUAAGUUUUAGCAGAAUGGAAUCAGAGGAUUAUCUUUUGGUGGAAGUGAUAUCCUAGUCUUGCACCUUCAAUUUUUAGACCAAAUUUGAAGCUGAAUAAAGCAAUAUCGUUAUAUGAUUUUGUAA